CCAGUUGCACAUUGUUUGUCGGCCUCCACUUCACUGUCACCCAUCGUGGUCCAGUUGAGAGUUAAAUUGUUGUAGCAGCGUCAGAGGUUGUGUGUGUGUAGGCUGGUAGAAAAAAAACAGAGUUAAGUUGUAGAAAAGUAAUUUGAAGUCCUCUGAGUGUUGAGUCACUUCCCGGUUUGUGUGUGUGUGUGUGUGCCGGCCCAGCCGCCUUCAAAGGAGCUGUGAUCCUGUUCUAGCUCGUCACUUGUCUUGCCCGCUUCCCUCCCACCUCUGCAUCUGUCAGUCACCAUCAUCGUGCCCUUCUGGUGAGAUGACGUUGAGUCACCGGGCUCUCUAACGCGCCCGCGGCCCGGUCCACCGAGGACGAGGUGCAACCCAAAGGUGCUCUGCGUGUUCUCCACGGAGUGUACGCUGCACGUGUCUGACGCCGGGGCGUACCGGGGAAGUGAACAGGAAGUCAUCGUCAGCCUUCAGAGAGACAUGCUAGUUAAUUAUAGUGCACCCUCAUGUGUCUGGGGGAGACAAAUGAGUGUGCACUGGAAGAGUCAUGCGCUUGCAUCUGAUGUGUAAACCUGUUCCGCUUCACUCGGACAGGUUUGGCCAAAAGAAGAGCUCCCGGCUGAAGAAGGCAAGUCCCUGUGGGAGCUGGUGGCGGAGCAGUUUGAAGACCUCCUGGUCAGGAUCCUGCUGCUCGCUGCCUGCGUCUCCUUUGCGUUCACAUGGUUACAAGGGCUAACGAGACCGUAAAGUCCCCAAAAAACAUGUUAUCCGGGCCACCAGCUGCUGCAGGAUGCACAGGCUUCACCUGUGGAGUCCGGUUACCCGUGUGCUCUGCGUUAAAACUACAUGCGUACGCCCGAAGCGACACAUUCACGUUGCCACGAGGCCGUCGAGUCAGGAGCGGAAUGCCGAGAACGCCAUCGAGGCUCUGAAGGAGUACGAGCCGGAGAUGGGGAAGGUGUACCGCAUGAACCGCAAGGCCGUCCAGAAUAUCAAAGCGAGAGACAUCGUCCCAGGAGACAUCGUGGAGGUGGCAGUUGGUGACAAAGUGCCUGCUGACAUCAGACUGACCUCCAUAAAGUCCACCACCCUGCGAGUGGACCAGUCCAUCCUCACAGGGGAGUCUGUGUCCGUCAUCAAACACACGGACCCGGUUCCUGACCCCAGGGCUGUCAAUCAAGACAAAAAGAACAUGCUGUUUUCUGGCACUAACAUUGCAGCGGGCCGCGCCACCGGCGUGGUCGUUGCCACCGGCGUCUCCACAGAGAUCGGUAAGAUCCGUAAUCAGAUGGUGGCUACGGAGCAAGAGAAGACGCCGCUGCAGCAGAAGCUGGACGAGUUCGGGCAGCAGCUCUCCAAGGUCAUCUCCCUGAUCUGCGUGGCGGUGUGGGUCAUCAACAUCGGCCACUUCGGGGACCCCGUCCACGGCGGCUCCUGGAUCCGAGGGGCCAUCUAUUACUUCAAGAUCGCCGUGGCCCUGGCCGUGGCCGCCAUCCCCGAGGGCCUGCCCGCCGUCAUCACCACCUGCCUGGCCCUCGGCACGCGGCGCAUGGCCAAGAAGAACGCCAUCGUCCGCAGCCUGCCCUCGGUGGAGACGCUGGGCUGCACCUCGGUCAUCUGCUCUGACAAGACGGGCACCCUCACCACCAACCAGAUGUCUGUGUGCAGAAUGUUUGUUACGGACAAGGUGGAAAAUUCCAGCUGCAGCCUCCACGAGUUCUCCAUAACCGGCUCUACAUAUGCCCCUGAGGGACAAAUACUGAAAGGAGACAAGCCCAUCCAGUGCGGAGACUUUGAUGGACUUUUGGAGUUGGCCACUGUGUGCUCUAUGUGCAAUGACUCUUCACUGGACUACAAUGAGGCCAAAGGGGUUUAUGAGAAGGUGGGUGAAGCCACAGAGACGGCUCUCACCACCUUGGUGGAGAAGAUGAACGUCUUCAAGACCGACCUGUCCGGGCUCAGCAAGGUGGAGCGCGCCGGUGCCUGUAACUCGGUGAUCAAGCAGUUGAUGAAGAAGGAGUUCACCCUGGAGUUCUCCCGUGACCGCAAGUCCAUGUCUGUCUACUGCACCCCCGUCAAGCCGGGCUCCCAGAGCAAGAUGUUCAUCAAGGGCGCUCCGGAGAGCGUGAUUGAGCGCUGUCAGUACCUGCGGGUGGGAACGGGGAAGGUGGCGCUGACGCCAGCCCUGCGCGACCAGCUGCUGUCUAAGAUCAGGGAGUGGGGGACGGGCAGGGACACCCUGCGUUGCCUGGCGCUGGCCACUCACGACGUCCCGCUGCGCAAAGAGCAAAUGGACUUGGAGAAUUCCAGCAAGUUUGCUCAGUACGAGUUGGGUCUCACGUUUGUUGGCUGCGUGGGCAUGCUGGACCCGCCCAGGAAGGAGGUGAUCGGCUCGUUGAAACUGUGCAACGAGGCGGGCAUACGCGUCAUCAUGAUCACGGGGGACAACAAGGGCACGGCCGUGGCCAUCUGCAGACGAAUUGGCAUCUUCGGCGAGGACGAGGAUGUGACGGGGAAGGCCUACACGGGCCGCGAGUUCGACGACCUCCCGGUGGAGGCUCAGAAAGAAGCCGUCAAGCAGGCGCGCUGCUUCGCCCGCGUCGAGCCGGCCCACAAGUCCAAGAUCGUCGGAUUCCUGCAGGCGUUCGAUGAGAUCACCGCCAUGACGGGAGAUGGUGUGAACGACGCCCCGGCCCUGAAGAAAGCGGAGAUCGGCAUCGCCAUGGGCUCCGGCACGGCGGUGGCCAAGUCGGCGUCCGAGAUGGUGCUGUCGGACGACAACUUCUCCACCAUAGUGGCCGCCGUGGAGGAGGGCCGAGCCAUCUACAACAACAUGAAGCAGUUCAUCAGAUACCUCAUCUCCUCUAACGUGGGAGAAGUGGUCUGCAUCUUCCUGACCGCCAUCCUGGGCCUCCCCGAGGCUUUGAUUCCAGUCCAGCUGCUGUGGGUGAACCUGGUGACCGACGGCCUGCCGGCCACCGCCCUGGGCUUUAACCCCCCAGAUCUGGACAUCAUGGACAAACCCCCCCGCAACCCCAAGGAGCCCCUCAUCUCUGGCUGGCUCUUCUUCAGAUAUAUGGCCAUUGGAGGAUAUGUGGGUCUUGGAACCGUGGGUGCUGCCACAUGGUGGUUCCUGUUUGAUGUAGAGGGCCCACAAGUGUCUUUCUAUCAGCUGAGACACUUCAUGCAGUGUACUGAGGACAACCCCAUGUUCCAGGGCAUAGACUGUGGGGUGUUUGAAUCCCGCUACCCCACAACCAUGGCCCUGUCUGUGCUGGUCACGAUCGAAAUGUUCAACUCUCUCAACAGUUUGUCUGAGAACCAGUCCCUGCUCAGGAUGCCUCCCUGGGUCAACUUUUGGCUGCUGGGCGCCAUCAUCCUCUCCCUCUCCCUGCACUUCUUAAUCCUCUACGUCGAGCCUCUGCCAUUGAUCUUCCAGGUGACCCCGCUGCGCUGGGCCCAGUGGAUUAUGGUCCUGAAGAUUUCCUUCCCAGUCAUCCUCUUGGAUGAGGUACUGAAGUACAUCUCCAGGAAUCAUCUAGAAGGUGAUGAGGAGAAGAAAUAUCGGAGGAGGUGGCAGCAGCUGAACUAAGACGUCUCCCUCAACACACUCGCACACUUCGACACACGCCUACCCUCUUCCCUUUAGGAGCUCAAACCCUUAUCUCUUCCUGUCCUCAUUCCCAACACCUGCAUGUCCAAAAAAAUCACCACUAGCGAUGAGCAGGGCUUGCAUGAGAGCGUGUGUGUGUGUGUGUGUGUGUGUGUGUGUGUGUGUGUGUGUGUGUCUGUGUGUGUGUGUGUCAGCCAACUGCAGAGAUGGAGGAAAAAAAGAAGAUAAAGCUUCCCAGGGCUCUUUUUUUUAAGAUUUCUGCUCAUUGUUGUUUUUGGCUGUACAGUCCAAAGGAAAGGGAGGACGGGGGAUGACGAAACGACGUCGGCUGUUUUUGUGUCCACAGCAACAUUCUGUUGGAGAACGUCACCGGGCUCUUGAGUUGGAGAUGUCGCUCCGCCUAAAGGUGUGACUGGCUUUACGCUUCCUUCGUCUCUUAAAUUCGAGGAGCUGAGGUCGCCUCACGGACUUUGCAAACUUAUAGAAAUGCAUAAAUAAAUAAAAAAUGUCAAACGGCAACCUGACCAGCAUAUCAGUCGAGUAGUCGUCAGCCGGUCACACAGCUGGUCCUGCUAAGCCUCGCGUUAAACAUCCAUCUGCUGUGGAACGUCUAAGCUGAAGGCCGAUCGGGGCGCGAGGAUGAAGCUCCGUGACAUUUUGGACAUAAUAAUUGUCUCGGAGCAUCUUGUUGUUGCUCUCCCCUUUUUUUUAAUUGAAUCAGUUAAUCCGUACCCUGCACCAGCGCUGACGCGUGUGCGUGUGUGUGUGUGUGUGUGCGCGUGCGCAUGUGUGUGUGUGUGUGUGUGUGUGCAUAUAGCCUUACUUGAAUGAAUUUGUCUGCUCUGACUUGAUAGUCGACCAAUCGCACAGACGAUGUAGUGAAAGUAAGUUCUGGCCCGUAAACUGCUCGACUGCGUCAGUCUCACUCGGUCAUGAAUCGUGUGCGCGUUGGGCACGUUCAGCAUCCAUGCCUUAUCCAGCCCACUGCACCUCCACAUGGGAACAUGUGGUCGACAUGAAUGUGUUCCUGCGAGCCCCAACUUAGCCCACUCACAUGCGCCCCCCCCAUCAGUGAGACUCUUGGGUCGAGGUCUCAAAGACUGCCCCUGAGUGUCCCUCCUUGUCUGAGGCAUGUUUAAUAGGAAUCCCCUUGUUGUUGUUGUUGUUGUUGUUGUUGUGCUUCCUGCCGCCGCUCCUCCUGCUCUCUGAGUGCUUCAGCGACUCACUUUGGUAUUGUUUUAUAGCGACUAAAUAGUAAUGUAUUGACUGAAUGAACCUGCGCGGCUUGGAUUGUGUCUUUAAGUCUUAACUAUGGGUUUCUGUGUGGGGCCCUGGGGACUGGGGGGUUCAGUGGUCUCUUUGGUCUCUCGUUGGCUCCUGGUGGGACAGGAGUGUGCACAUUCCAACUAAAGAAACGAUCCCGCUCGGUCAAAAAUAAUUUAAAGGAAUUUGAUGAAAACGAUGAGAUCUUCGAGGCAACGGUCUUUCUUCCUUUCCUUUCCUUGCCUCCACACCAGUGUGACAGAAGAGCCUGGUUUAGAAUACACAAGGAAAAUCCCCCCUUAAACACUUCCAACCAUAAUGACCAAUCUGCCAUUGCUCACGAUAGUUGCUGUAUUCAUCUAUUUUGUUGCCUGGUGAUGUUUCAUUUCUUCCUCUAGAGGAUAACUAGCCCAACUUAUAGAUGGCAUGACGUCAUAUUUCCAGUUCCACAUGCUCUCUGGGGCCAAUUGUCGGAAGUGUACAGUAAGAAAUCACUCCCUUAAAGGGACAUAUCAUGAGAAGGAAAACUCACUCUUUCGGUGCUUGUGCACACACAUUUGGGUUUCUGGUAACUGAAUAAAAAUUUUUUAAAAAGACGAGUUGACAUGCGAUUCAACCAGCCAUUCACGUUUUUGUCUCCCCUUCCCACGUCACAUGCAGGCUCGUUAUAAUGUAUCCGAGUAGCUCCAUCACGGCUCCACGACUACCCAGACAGAGGGUGAAUGCAGCUAUAUUCAGACAGACAGUAGGAGUAAAAUAACGUGUGAGAGGAUUUAAGGGUGGAAUAUCCCUGGAUUUUGUCUGUAAUUAUUGGCUUGAUUCCGACUCCAUUUGACAUAAAACGGCCGCUGCGUUACAUUUUUGUCUCCAACACCAUGUGGAUGUGGCACCCCAGUCCAGACCAGCAGACCACUUGUCCCAGGUCUCCAUGGCUCUGUAACAUACUGGCACUCUGGCCACUAGGAGAUAGAGAUUUUUUUAUAUAUAUAUAUAUAUAUAUAUAUAUAUAUAUAUAUAUAUAAAAAAAAAAAUCUGUCUGUAUAGCCUUGUUAUUUACUACUGAAUCCUCAACUGUGUACAGAAGAUGAGAAUAUGAUCGCAUGGCACCUUGUUACUGUAAUAAUAACCUAUACAGUAUGUAAUAUUUAAUUUUUUGAUAACUCAUCAAUGAAACCUACCAACAACACAGACCUGCGAGAAACCAUUUUUUAUUUUUCUUUGAGCACAUGGUAUCUAAAGAUCUUCUUCUUUUCUUAUUGUUUCAUAGAAUAGAGCGGUUGUUUCUUCAUUUUUCCCAUUUGGUUUUUACAGUUGCUGGGGUUUUGUGUCUUUUACUGUAGGAAAAAAAAGAAUAUGACGUUAUCGUGUUUAAGAUAGACAAGAAUCAUACUUACGCUAAUUAAUGACGAUGACGCUGAUCAUUUCAGUGAUGGUUAAUCCGGUGUGAGAAUGUUCAAGAAUUUGCGAAUGAACUGUGUCUGGUUUACACUGAGCGAUAAGCAGUGAUGGAUUAUGAAGUUUUAUGACUGUAAAUUGAAGGGCUUGGUGUGGAUGCAGGCUCUGGAGACCCCUAACACUCAAAGUCCUCCACCAUCUUGUUAAAGAAAAUAACCUCCGUGACCGACGGUGAAGGAGUGAUCAGUCAUAUGAAUAACAUCGUCUCUAGAGCCCGAGUUCACCUCUGAGAAAUUAAAAAGGAUUCUCUGUAUUGCCUUGUUAAUAUUGAUUGUGGACACAGAAUUUUAUAAAUGACAAAGAUGUGGAAAUAAAGAUAAUUUAUCUUGUUAUUUA